GGUCCACCACCGCCACAUCGCCAAGUUGCGCGACCGUUUGAUCCGUUCCGUGGAUUUGGCGGCCUUUUUUCAGUAAUGGAGGAUUUGCAAGAACGCGCUAUGAAUGAUCCGAACUCGCACGUAUACUCGCAGUCGACCAUGGUGACAUUUGGUGGCGAUGGACAGCCCCGUGUUGUUGAAAAUUCUGUACGAAAAAGUGGCGAUGUUAAGGAGACUAGAAGAGCAGUUCGUGAUGGUGCACGGGAGGAGAUGUCGAUCGGUCAUACAAUAGGCGAUAGAACACAUAUUAUUGAGAAGAAAAGGGACAAGGAUGGCAAUGUCCGUCGCCAACAACGAUUUGUAAACCUUGACGAAUCCGCUGCAGAAGAUUUUGAUCGCGAAUUCCAAUCGAGAGCGAGGGCCAAUAUGGGGUAUAGUAACAAUGGAAGGCGCGCCCUGGGUGAUGGCACAUACGGCGGCUAUCGCCAUCAUUCCGCCGAUGCCGCCGGUAGUUCAAGGUCUAGUGCUCCUAUCAUAACAUUACCUGAAGAAGAUGAUGAAGAAGAGGAGAGAAUUCUAAGCCGUACCUCUCGUUCGCAACGACCCAGUGGUGGGCAUACUGGUCCUGUAAUCCGAGAAAUAAGUGAAGAGGAAGCUGAAUCGAGUAUCCCUAAGCGUCGUCGAGGAUUUGGUGGUUUCUUCCGCGCUAAUGACGAGUGA